CCGGCGACGGCUGCCCGACGAGGCGGCGUGCCGGCCCGGCGCGCGCCGCCCCGGCCAUGGCACGCCGCGCCUCGCUGGCCUGGAUCAACGACGCCCUCCUCACCGCCGCCGCCCAGGACCAGCAGACGCUGGAAGGGCUGGAGAUCGGGGAACCCCGACAUCACCGCGCUCAGCCCCGGCCACAAGGCCAACCUCCGGCACCGCGCGGUCAGCAGCCCAGGCGGCCACCGCGCGGAGCCCGCGCUCUGCUCGCCGGCCGGCGCGGAGGCGGCGGGCCCCGAGCCGCUGGCCGAGAAGCUGGACGACUUCCUGCUGGCCGCGCGCCGGCGGGCCGGGGAGGGCGUGGACAGCGAGGCCGGCAAUCUGGGCAUGGGGAACAUGUACGUCAUCGAGGACAUCUCACUCCAGGAGCUGAAGGAGUGCGAGCCGCAGCACGACGACUCCAAGAAGAUUGCCGAGUUUCCAAUCUCGAAGGAGGAACACCGCCAUCUGCGGCAAUGACAUCACCUCCAGCUGCUUCUACGUGGUGGGGGAAAUCUCCAAGACGGCUGGAGUAUACGCCCCCAUAUGCACCGUGCUCUCCUCGUUCACGCUGUGGUGCUUCAGGG